AUCAAAAUGUUUGCCAAGUUGAUGCUCGUUGCUCUGUGCGUGGCUGGUGCCCAGGCUGGUCUGUUGCCCUUCGCUGCUCCCGCUCCACUUGCUGCCGCCGGUGUUGUGGCUCCCUAUGCCUCCAGCUUCAACGCACAUCGGAUUAACCAUGCUGUCGCCUUCCCUGUAGCACCUCCAGUUGCUCCUGUUGCUCUGGCUGCUCCAGUCCCAGCACCUGUGGCCUUUGCUCCACCCAAGGUGGCAUUUGCUGCUCCCGCUUUGGCUCCUGCUCCAGCCUUUGCCCCAGCACCAGCCUUCGCUCCAGUUCCUGCUCCAGUUGCCGCUCCUCUGGCCGCUCCUUUGGCUGCUCCUUUGGCCGCUCCUUUGGCUGCUCCUUUGGGCGCUCCUUUGGCUGCUCCUCUGGCCACUCCCUUCGGAUAUGCUGCUCCUGCGCCUUUGGCUUUCGGUGCGCCCGCCAGAUUCGGUCUGCCAGCCGCAGCUUCCUUUGCUGCUCCCCUGCCCGCUCCUCUGGCCGUCGCACCCAAGUUCGCACCUGCGCCUUACUUCUUCUAAACGUAGCUUAGCACAUAAAACUUCCUCCGUCCAC